AUGUCCAGUGCCUUCGCUCUCGAUACCAGUCAUGUUACCCCAGGAGAAGAUGCAUUGAACGAGCUUUUCGAUGCUGUUAUUCGCCAGUUCUCGGACACCCCCAUUUCUCCAGCAGGCUCCGAGUACCUGAACGAUGUCUAUGGAGAUUCUGAUAUUGAGAGGCAUAGAUCUUUUGAUGGCAGUGUGCAUUCGAUCCAGCAUUCUUCGAGCUAUACCCCCAGCCCAUUAUCUCAACACUCGUCUUCUCAGAUACCAUCUCGGCCAUCUCCCUCACAGACCUCUUCAUCUGGACAAUCCCGUCCUUCAAGACCACUUCCACGGCCGCCAGGGGCAUCGAGUGCCCCCACAAUCCCCACAAUCCCUACAACGAAUACAAAUAUCCCCCAAUCUUCAUUCUCACAGUCAACUCCGUCUGCACCUCAAGUCAUUGAUGCCCCUACACCUUCGUCUGACAGAAAAUCCCGCAUUUAUUCACGAGCACAGCCGAACUUGGAACCUAUAGUGGACGCGCCAAUCGACAAUGCCGCUGGACCGUCUGGCUCGCAGCAGCCAUGGAGUGGCGAAGCUGACAACAUCCCCCCGACUUCGCCAUCUACAGAAUUUCCCGAGCAUAACGCUUAUCUGCCAGGAUAUGUCCGUUAUGCGGCAGAAGACCCCAAUGCAACUGCAUCUUUAGGCCGUGCGCCGGAAGGUAUUGAUGCUUUUAUACCGCACUAUGAGGGCCCACCCUCAUCAGAACCGUACGAGGAAUCUGUGGUGUCGGGGGAGUCUGGGUAUGACAGUCGCUACCAAAGCAUCAUGGAUCCUCAUUACCAAAGUAUUGAAUCUGGAGAAUCAAUAAGAGAGAGAUGGGAGAGAGCCCCUGAUGUUUCGACUUUUAUCGACGGGUACCUUCCUAUACUCAAUCCCCCAAAUCCCUCCGUCUCUCGGAUACCCCGUCCAGCAGACAGCAUUCACGAAGAACCUGAGCCAUAUGAGCCAUCGGUAUCGGAUUAUACGAUUCCAGAGGCGCUUAACGACAAUGCACGUUCACAGACAAACGAUUCUUAUGAAACUAACCAUAACGACUGGAACGACCCGGGCCCAAGCAAUCUUAUUAGAAACCCUACUCAGCUCAUCCAGCAAAUUGCUCGUUUUCAGUCAACACACCUGGAGUUACAUGAAAAGGAAGGCGAUCCUUUUGAUGAAGAUGACCGGAGAUUUAUCAAUCCUGCCUUAUUGUCGCACCUUGCAGUACAACUGCGCGAUAAAGUCACCCGCGACACCCAUGUAAAAGGAAGCAUACCAUAUCCACGGUCAUUCACUGGCAAAGAUAUUGUGUCAACUAUCCAUUGCAUCAUCCAAGAAAGAAUGGGAAGGGAGCAUAGUUAUACCCCAGACCGCAAAGCAGCACUUCUCGUCGCUCGAAGCCUACAGACAAUGCUCUUUUUCUACGAGGUAGAGUGGGGCGCGCAAGUACUACAAGACGGCGUAGAAGACGUAUACAUGUUUAUGGAUGACCAAGAGGGUGGCUCAGACGCGCCUAUUGAGCGUGCAGAAUUGCCGACGGGGGUAAAUACGAUUCUUACGAAAUGUUAUUCAGCGAGCUGUGAUGGCGCAGGGUGUUAUGCUUAUGGUUGUCCUCGCAAGGGUAUGAAGCAAUUGGCAAGCGCGAUUGACGCACCCGAGCGGCUGAUGCGGGAAGACUGGACCAAAAAGGUUCCAACAGAAGUCCUUACGCGGCUAAGCCAAAAUGAAAUCAACCGGCAGACGAUCAUACAUAAGCUCAUCAGCAAGGAGGUGCAAUACAUUCAAGAUCUUGAAAUCAUUGAAAAGGUUUUCAUCCAACCAUUACGGACGGCGAGUCCACCCGUGAUGACACCUCUUGUUUUGUCUGAAUUCGUUGACGAGGUCUUUGGCAACAUCCUCGAACUUCUUGAAUGCAAUCGCAGGUUGCUUGAGUUUUUGGAGGUUCGUCAGCGAGAACAAUAUCCAGUCAUCCAGAGUAUCGGGGAUAUUUUUCUAGAAAUUGCAACGGAGUUUAGAAUUGUCUAUCCUACUUACGUAGGGCAUCAUCCUUUGGCUGAAAAACGCUUGAAGGAAGAGCUCGAGCACAAUUUGGAAUUUCGUCUCUUCAUCGAGAAAUGUUCUCGGCAACUCGCAGCCAGACCUGGAUCAAGUCCCCGUCUGGAUCUGAAACACUAUCUCAGUCGACCAGCGGAACAUCUACAGAAGUAUCCUGUACUUUUGGACGCAGUGUAUCGAGAGACAGAUGAAUCAAAUCCUGAUGGAGAAUUUUUGUUGGAGGCUAUCAACGCCAUACAAAACUUGCAGAAUGUUGCUCAGCUACGGACCUUCCAGUCAGCUAUGGGUAAAGGCAGCACCGGCAAGUGGGAAUGGCACAAUUUGGUUUCGGAGGAAACAAAAUCAAGUCUCACAAAUGAGGAAUGUCGAAGGCAAUCGGUAAUCUUUGAGUUGAUCAAAGGCGAAAUGGCAUAUGUCAGAGAUCUAGAGAACAUCGAGACGAUGUAUGUGCGGCCGUUGCGUAAUGCAGAACCUCCCAUCAUCCCUAUAGAACGUUUGAACCAGUUCUUAACAGAAGUAUUCCACAACUUCAACGAGCUACAUGCUUAUCAUCGGAGACUAAUGGAUAAACUUCAUGAGAUUCAGCGUGAAGAGCACCCAGUAAUCCGUAGUAUCACUCCCGCAAUCUUUGACGCUGCCUUGAACUUCCGGGAAGCCUACAUGGAAUAUAUCCCUAAUUAUCCUAUCGCCGCCUAUAGAAUUGAUGAUGAGAUGAACAAUAAUCCUGCUUUCAAGCAGUUUGUAAAUCAUACUGUUCGGCACCCAGACGCGCAUCGGCUAGAUAUGAAGAGCUUCAUCAAUAGACCAAUACCUCGACUCUUACGCUAUGAACUUCUUCUGCAGUCGAUCCUUUCUGAAACACCCCCUUAUCACGAGGACCGAAGCGAGAUUCCAACCGUCAUCGAUUUGAUCAAAACACUCGGUCGGGAAACAGAACCAGGUGUUAUAUCGUCCAAACAAAAAGUGGAGUUAUGGAAAUACAGCUCAAAUCUAGUUUUCAAACCUGGAGAACAUGUGGAUAUGGAUCUGCUGAACGAACAACGUUCUUUGAUUCAUACGGGUAAACUCCUCCGUCUGGAUAACGGGCAGGAUCGCGACGAACUUUUCGUUAUGCUCUUCGAUAACUAUUUUGUCAUGACUCAUCCAAGGGAAAAGGAUGGUAUCACCAAAUAUAUUGUUUACCGCAGGCCCAUUCCCCUCGACCUGUUGUCAUUGGUCAACUUCACAGAUAAUCCGGUUCAACGAAGCACUAGCAUUCUUCGUAACCUUUGGAAUAACGAUAGACAACCCGAGACCGCUAGUGUAUCUUCAAGAUCAGCAGACAAUGGAGAUACUCGCCAAGUGUAUCCUUUCACAAUUCACCAUAACGGACGGCUCGGUGGGCCCUAUGUUUUCUAUGCCGAAUCGGCUGCAUCCCGACUAGAGUGGAAGCAAAAACUAGACGAGUCGUUGGGUCUCAGAAAAGUUGUUCAGGAAUCUAACAAAGUCUUUGAGAUUGAAAGUCUUAGUGUCGACACCUUCAUAUUACCAGCAUUGACCACCGGACCGAAUUCUUCUGUUUGGCACGACGGUACUCUUUUCACUGGAAAAGUUACUUGUUCAGUUCCCUUCAAUACUCCCGAUGGCCGAGGACUUGUGGCGAUCGGAUGUGCAGAAGGCGUUUGGAUUGGAUAUCGUCACGACUCCCGUUCCCUGCGACGUGUUUUGCACCUGAAAAUGGUUACACAAUGUGCGAUCCUUGAAGAUUUUGGUUUGUUCCUCGUGCUGGCGGACAAGGUCCUUUUUGCGUACCAUCUUGAAGCCUUGGUGCCUACAACACCUGGUAGCAUACAUGCAUCUCAAACGCCCCAAAAGAUAAACGGAAAGGAUGUUCAUUUCUUCAGCGUCGGUGUUCUAGAUGGGAGAACACUUGUGAUAUACAUGAAGAAAAAAGGGGUCUGUUUGUAUUCUUAUUUUAGACUGCCCUUUGUUGAUCUUUUUCUGCAGAACAACAGCGAUAGUGUAUUUCAUGCUGUCGAGCCAGUCAUUGGCAAAAUCAACGAACGCCCCAAAGCCAGUGGCAGCAGAAGUUACCUGUUCAGGAAAACUCCCCCGGAAUGGUUCCGCCCGUACAAAGAGUUUUCCUUUCCAGACGCUCACGACUUGAUCUUCCUGAGGGCAAGAAUUGCGGUUCUUUGUGCAAAGGGCUUCAUGAUCAUGGAUCUGAAGGACUAUAAAAGUGUAACAAUCCCGCAACGCGAUGACCCAAAACAUCCGUACCUUGCGAAACGUUGCGACUCAUGUCAUCCAAUGGGGCUGUUUCGUUCUCGGGAAGACGAGUUUUUGUUGUGUUACAACGAGUUUGGUCUUUUCGUUGACAGACAUGGCCAUCCCAGUCGGUCGACGGGUAUUAUCGAAUGGGAGGGGACAGCUGAUCGCGUAGCUAUGCACGCUCCCUAUGUGCUUUUAUUCGACACGCGAUUUAUAGAAAUCCGGCACCUAGAAACAGGUCGACUCGUUCAAAUUAUUUCAGGCAACGACAUUCGAUGCGUUUGGGACGGUCGUAGCCUCGAUAGCAAUAUGGCAGUUACGUCUGCAGACGGAGCUGAAGAUCGCAUGGAGCAAGAACCUCGAGUACACGCAGUGAUGAACAUGACAGAUCUUCCUUUACAGCCAGGAGGUCGCACUGUUCAUCGUGGUGUUAUGCAGCAUGUCUUCGAAUUAUUCCCCACCAUACCUCUCUAUCUCCCAGGCUCACUCUCCUCACCGACAACGGCUCCUUACUUCCCUCUAUCCUUUUCACCACCACGCUCGCCACCUCUUCGACCACAUCACAUUUGA